AUUGCGCAACUUCCAAUAGAGUAGUCUCCUCAUACUUUAAUGCCAAGGUGGGAAACAGGACAUUAUAAUGGCUGCCCUAUAGAAACGUUCAGCUAUGGGGUUGGCUGCAUCUUCCUCCAAAGGAUAUAGAGCCCAGGGACAUGCUUGUCCAAAUGUUAUCAAGUGCUACCCUUCUAAAACAUAUACAAAAUUUCCAGUAGACAAAGUCAAAGGACAAGGGGAGAUAAUUGAGAUAUUGAACAUUCUUCCAAAUUAUUCUGUACAAAACUCGGGUGUUGUCGACAUUUGGUGGACGUUUUGUCAGUUUUUCCCAAACAAUGAUGGCAUUAUUUUCUCUACAUCAACGCCAUUCCAAGUUUUUCAUGGAUCAGUGUGGAGAAAGGUCUCUCCAAUGCCCUGUGGAAAAGUCACACAGUACAAUCUUAAAACUGGAAAAUGUGGCACUGUUCCCCAGACAACUUGUGAGGGGUUUCCAAAACUGCAGAUAAAUCCAAACGGAGUCCGAUUCACAACUUUAUCCACGUCAAGCAUAAUCGAACAGUCAGUUCUAUACAGUCCAAUGGCUCCAACUGUGCAGAGGGCACAUGACCCCACUUUCACCCACUACAGGGACUAUUCCACGUCCUCAGAUGGCAACUAUCAUGCCAUUCUUGCGAAAACGGCAGCGAGUGUUUACGCUCUCUACAUCUUUGGAUCCUCCAGUGUAUUGCAUGCUGAUGCUGUGAUAAAAAUUCGGGACCUUUAUCCCAACAUCUCACCACUAUCUGCUCCCCAUACCGAAAUAGAAAACGUCAAGUGGUCGCCCGACAACAGACAUAUAGCUGUUGGCUUCUCUAAGGGGCAUUUGAUUGUGAUCGAUUGGAGGAGAAACCAGCGAGUUUGUGAUGUGUUCCAGGAUAUUAUUUUAGAAUGUGAACUCUGCGGGCCAGGAUCUUUUGAUUUUGACGCGAGAUCCCAACAUUGCAUCAUGUUUGUUGCAGCCAAUGAUAUGAUCUUGUACAGAAUCAACACAGAUGAAAAAAGGAUGCUUUGUCAUUCGGACGAUCUGGGUAGUUUUGUGGACUGCCUCAGAUAUUCCUAUGAUUCACACUGCAUCGUGGCAGCCCUUUUUAACUUAAAAAUCAAAGUACUGGAUGCAGACGAGCUUUGUCCAUUGUUUGAGAUUGAUUUGACUGUGACUUGUUCAGAUUUUGAGGAUAUCUCGGUAAAAUUAGGGUCUGCGGCACCCAAUGUCACAUGCCUAUCUCUCACUACUACAGGAGAGCAGGUAGCAAUAGCUUGCUGGGACAGAAAAAUUCGAAUACUACAGUUACCAAAAGUGUUCAACCUUCAAUGUUUGUGCAAAUUUGUUAUUCUGAGUUUAGUGCAACCUUCUAAAAUUGGGAGGCUUCCACUACCACACUUGUUGAAAGAUUAUUUAUAUUCUUUACCAUUCAAUCCAUAAUUUGUACUCAGGGAGGACUCCAUGUACACUGGUAUAUCCAUAAUGUAUGAACUGAGUUUGCACCCCCUACACCCACCCCACACUGACUCUGUUUAUUGAAACAAAGUUUUACAGUAUUUGUAUGCACAACUUUCUGAAUUUAUUAUGAUCAAUAAACUUUAAAUAAAACUAGUAAGAAUUGAUUUAGCUCACUAAAACGGAUGUCUUCCCUUCCAUUUUCCAUAGUUUUUAAAAAUCAUUUUUAGGAUCAUCUUUAAAGUAGAAAAUUAAAAGUUACUGUAUAUAAGAGUCACCUAUAUGUAUAUGUGCUUCAACCAAGGACAGUGUUGUGAACAUAUAAGUAAAUUAAACUUACCAACAUACCAAAUAUCAAAGGCCUUUGUCAAAAGAUAAAAAAGUUAUGGGAUCAUGAAACUGCCUUAAAGUUAAGUCAAAAUUUUGACUUUAAAUUAAGAUUUGGACUUAGCUAAGACUGCUGACUUAAAUGGAUCACAAAACGAACUUAAGUAAAUCUUAUCUAAGAUUGUCUUAACUUAAGUCUAAGUCUAGAAUCUUAAAUUGCUAUGACAACAAGGAACUCUUCUGUGUAGAGCUAUAGAGGUAACAAUAGGAUAUAAAAAAUAAAUGACUUAAACAACAUAGUCAGUGUCUAUAAUAUCUAGUUUAUGUAUGAUCACUAAUGCUGACGCAGGCACAUACAUUUAGCAACCCCCCUCCCCCCCUUCUCAAAAAGAAACUUUUUUCGCUAUUACAUACACGUACAUACAAAGUUUGAUGUAUUGGCCAUGUUGCCUCCCUCAUUUUAAAAGUAGUAAUGAAUGAAAGUGGAAAUGUAAGAGUGAUUGAAGCGAUAAUUUUAUUAAAUUCGAUGCCUUUAUUCAUUUUUGUUGACUGCAUGCGUAGCAAAGAAGGAUAACUUUAAUUAAUUUCAAAUUCGGGCUCGGACUGCACAUUAUUCGUGUGCAAAUGCAGACUGCAAGUAAUGAUUGUUUUCUUCUUCCACAUUGUCAACAAACUCAGUCAGGUAAAUGCAUGUACUUUUGUAGUCGUAACUCUUAAGUGAAACAGCUGUAUGUGUACGUGCUACUUUCACGUUUACAUCUACUUAACGAACUACGAUCAGGUAGUGAAACGGACAAUCGGGCGAUCAAUCCUGCGAUAUUUUGAUCACAUAUUAAAGAAGUCAUAUUCAUGCCUAUACAUUUGAAUACGCCCGCUCUCAAUUUUUCCAGGCUAGUGGUGUUAUUUUUCGAUUACAGGGAUUUUACUUCUUUUCCUGGAAACAAACAUUUUACGUGAGUACUCUGCUUAUAGAAAAACAAUUUUUUUCAUUAUAUGAUUUUCAACAUCAAGAUCCUGUGAUUUCGAUCUACUGACGGUCUAUUUUUUCUUAAACAAAUGAUUUGUCUGCUUCUUGGUCGGGGCAGAUGUCUUCAACAACGGAUAUCAUGCUCGUUUUCUCUUACUCGCCUCAAAAAUACAACCAGAGCGACCAUUUUGAACAAACUUAGCGACAGUCUUAGAAAGUUAAGAUAGCUCUAAGGCAGUCUUAAAAUUUAAGACAAAAUACCAAUCUUAAGUCUAAGUGAUAUUUUUGUGAUCCACUUUAAGACCAGUCUUAAGAUUUAAGUGCAACUUUAUUGAUUUAAGACAAUCUUAAAGUUUAAGACAGUUUCAUGAUCCCGGAGCCUGGACAACAAAAAUACCCCAAAAAUUCUAAUUUUUUUUUACUGAUACAUAAAAGGUUAAAGGUCAUCAAAAAUGGAAUGUGACACACUGUCUUAUCAUGGUAUACUUACAUAUCAAAUAUCAAAGGCCUUUAUGUCAAAAGACAAAAAAGUUAUGGCCCAGACAAACUUUGUAUGAGAAGCAGAAGAAUUCACACUAAAACAAUAUGUCCACCUUCUGGGAAGAAAACAUAAUAAACUAAAUGCACAUACCCUCUUAAAACUAAUAUAAUGGCUGUUGAUUCAUAAAGUCAGUAAGUUAUGAGUAUCAAGUACAUUACUUAUAACACUCUAUACUGUAUAUUCACAAAGGAAAGUGUUCAUGUAGUCUGCAAAAGAAGUUUAUUUGUUAAGGGUUUCAGACCAUUAACUCCACAUGAGGAGAUGACAUUUUCUGUCGGAGAUGUAUCUGUGAGGUAAGAACAGCUGGUUAGGACAGAGGUGUGAGGAUAAGUUGUGAGGUUAUCAUUUUAUUUGGGGUGAAAAAUGCUGCUGAUCUUAUGAAAUUUUUAUGAAUAAAUGCAAAUUAUUGUACCGGGUACUACUGAAUGCUAUAAAUAGACUGUAAAUAGUCAUGUGACAUCACAGGAAAGGGCUGUACUUCAAAUGGGAGGGGUCACCAGGUGCAAAGUUUAAAUUUUUAAUAAAAAUCUGAGCAAACAUU